CCCCCAAACAUGAGGAGCUCAGUUCAGCUAUCACUGGUAGGAUUCUUCUGGGUCCUCACCAUUCUGUGCCAGGCUGAAAAUACAUGCCCAGAGCUGAAGGUGGUAGGUCUAGAAUCCUCAGAGAAGGUCCUCAUAAUCCAGGGGUGCUCAGGGGUUCCUGGAGCCCCAGGGAUCAAAGGAGAAGCUGGCAUUCCUGGAGAGAGAGGACCAAAGGGUUCUACAGGGAACCCAGGCAAAAUGGGCCCAAUGGGAAGCAAAGGAGACAAAGGAGCCCCUGGGAUAUCACCUUCCUUUGGGGCAGAGGAUCUGGAAAAUAUGCUGUGUAAGAAUGGACCAAGAACCUGCAAGGAUCUGCGAGACCAGGGGAAGAUCCUGAGUGGCUGGUACACCAUCUAUCCCUAUGCCUGCACCCCCAUGACUGUGCUGUGUGACAUGGACACUGAUGGUGGGGGAUGGAUUGUUUUCCAGAGACGAGCUGAUGGAUCUGUGAAUUUCUUCCGGGACUGGGCGGCAUACAAGAGAGGCUUUGGCAGUCAGCUAGGGGAAUUUUGGAUGGGGAAUGACAACCUCCACCACCUGACAACUCAGAGAAAUAACGAACUCCGGAUUGACCUCCAAGACUUUGACCAAAACCAUUUCUUUGCCAAGUAUGCAUCAUUCCAGAUCCAAGGAGAGACAGAGAACUAUAAGCUGAUCCUGGGAAAUUUUGUGGAUGGGAAUGCAGGGGACUCGAUGACCUACCACAACCAGAAGCCAUUUAGCACCAAGGACCGAGACAAUGACUCCAACUGUGCCAAGAAUUUCAAGGGUGCCUGGUGGUAUGGAAACUGCCACAAUUCUAAUCUCAAUGGGCUCUAUCUCCGGGGAAACCAUGAAAGCUAUGCUAAUGGCAUCAACUGGAAGUCUGGGAAAGGAUACAAUUAUUCUUACAAAAUAUCUGAAAUGAAAUUCAGGCCUGUCUAGCCCUAGAUACUCCUCAGCUAUUGAAAGUAUUUGAGACCAGACUAUUAGGGGAGGGACCUACACAAGGAAUUUUUUUUUUUUAUCCCAACCAUAGUAUGGGUGUGGGCAAGAUGGAGCAGAGACGCUACUGGGGGGAGGGAUUUAAAAGUAAUUCUAGGGGCAGCUAGGCAGCGCAGUGGAUAAAGCAUUGGCUUUGGAUUCAG